CCGCCCCACGGUGCCCCCUGGCGGGGACGGGAUACGCCGUCCUCCCCUCACGCCGCCAUUUGACAUCGUUCGGAGCCGGUCCGGGCGCACUCCCGGCGCGGCCGGAGUCCCGGGCAUGAAAAUGAGCUGCACCAUUGAGAAGGCGCUGGCGGACGCGAAGGCGCUGGUAGAGCGGCUGAGGGAACAUGACAGUGCAGCUGAGGCGCUCAUCAAACAGACCACGGCGCUCAACAGGCGGGUGGAAGCCAUGAAACAGUACCAGGAAGAAAUCCAAGAGCUCAAUGAAGUAGCAAGACAUCGACCUCGUUCUACUCUAGUGAUGGGUAUCCAGCAGGAAAACAGACAGAUUAGGGAAUUGCAACAGGAAAACAAAGAACUGCGCACAUCUCUCGAAGAGCACCAGUCAGCUCUGGAACUCAUCAUGAGCAAGUACAGAGAACAGAUGUUUAGGUUGCUUAUGGCGAGCAAAAAGGAUGAUCCAAGUAUAAUAAUGAAGUUAAAAGAGCAACAUUCCAAGGAGUUGCAAGUGCACGUGGACCAAAUUACAGAGAUGGCAGCAGUGAUGAGAAAAGCCAUUGAGGUGGAUGAAAGGCACAGCUGCAAGGAGCAGGAGCGCAUCACCCAGCUCGAGCAAGAAAACAAAGGCUUGAGAGAAAUUCUUCAAAUCACUAGAGAAUCAUUUCUGAACCUCAAGAAAGAUGAUGCAUCAGAGAGCACGUCCCUGUCAGGAUUAGUAACAAGCAGUGAUCUGAGCCUGAGGAAAAGCUAAGGACUUUGGGAAUCACCAAGCUUCAGUUGCACACUUAAACCAAUGGAGCAUCAGGGGGCACUGGUCAAGCACUUAUUACUGAAUAGGGCACCAGCAAGAGAAUACAUGCAACGCCAGCUCAGUGGCUUUUAUACUGUGUAACAUAAAUUCAGCUGGUGUUCUGCAAUACCCUCAGUGACAGAUUGAUUGCCAUAGGUCUAACCUCAGUAGGAAAUGGAUUCAUGCACUUGCUGAAUUGCAAAUUCUUUUUAUAUGAACUUGUUUUACAGAUAAAAUGUGAGAUUUCAAGUAAUUUGUAUAAAUUUAUAUAAAUUAUAUAUAAUUUAUAUAAAUUAUACAAAGUUCAGUGCAACUGUUAGAUAAUGAAGGUAAGAUUUCAAGUCUGAUCUCUGCCUUAGAAAGUAGUAACUUAUAUGUUCUGUGCAUAAUCCACAUAGCAUUUUUUCCUUUUGUUUUGGUUUUAAUAACUUCUCUUUUUGCAACAAACCUCUGAUUGGAGAGGCACACAGGCAGCCUAAAAUUUAAGGAUUUCUGUCAUUUAACCUUGGGGUCUCUCUUUAAAAUACAAGGCCAGUUUUUAAACGUAAGGAACACUGUCAAUCAAUAGUUUGGAGUUUUUAAAUGAAACAAGAUUCUUUCAAAUAUGUGCACUGAAUUGGAUUGUGAGAACAUGGGAAGAGCUGUUCCCGCCCUUGUUGUUCUCAGGAACACAGUUAGCAAUACAAUUCCGCCUCAGCUUUUACCUUUAAGAGGGGAAAUCCAGCCCAGUUCUCUGUCAGUAAGAAGCCACACGAAUCCCAUGUCUUUCUUCUCCAGUUGCCUGCCCAAACUUCCUGAGUGAGGAAUGGCAACUGGAAAGCGCAAAAGCAGUGGCAGCAGAAAGGGAUUUGAUUUCUAGCCAUAGCAACACAGAAGGAACUAAGCAUCCAACACUUCCAAGCAUGCCAACUUCAAUACAGCUUCCUGUGCCCCAGCACAGCUUCCCUGAGCUCAAGUUAAAUGUUCCAUAGGCCUAAGGGGGAGCUUUCAGUAGCACUGAAUUGACUUAGGAGCAGCUCAGUACCUUUGUUCUCUCUGUUGCUGCUCCUUCCCAUAGUGCUUUUAAGAGGAAAUAAGUGAGAAAGGAGUAUUAGCAGGCAAUAAAUGCUGGUUUUCAGUGAACUAAUACACAUGCUGAUAGAACAGGUAAAUCAGGUCUCCACAUUCUUACAGUCUGCUUUAGAAAUGGAGAAGCUCCUGCUUCUCUACAGAGCACCUUGGCUUCUUGCUAGGCUUAGUAACACACUGAGGACAUUGACAUGCAUGGAAAAAAGUUAUGGCCAUUUCCAGACUUGUGAAACAGCCAUGGGGAAAUUCUUGGGGAACAUGUUAGCUCAAGCACAAAAUAUUCUUGUCUGCUUUUAUAUUAUCUGUAAAGCUUUGCUGGUGCUUCUCUAAUCUAGGUUUUGCAUUUCUGCCAUGGCUUGCAAGCUGCUGACUUACCAGAAGCAACAUCUUUUUUUCACUGAAGUGUUCUGUUGUUGCAAACUUACAAGGAAUUUUGGGUUCAGUUGUUGACGUUCUUGUUUCUAGAAGCAUCUUUUCAGCCACGCACUGGUGUCAGGAGGCAUUUCUAUCAAUUUCAUACUGAAUUCAGCUUCAUGGCUGACUUCUGGUUUGGCUCCCGAAUACAGAAAAGGGUUGUUGGUCUGUGGCAGUACUUAGAGGUUGCUCUAUUAUGAAAUAGUGCUUGAUUAGUGUUUAUUUUUGUAAAUCAAAAAAAAAAAGUGACUUAAUUUAUCUACUCAUAGUCUUCACGUUUGAUACGUCUCCCCUUUCAUUUCCCUACCCUGAUCACUUUAGGAUUUUAAGAGCUUUACAGUGUGUGGAAUGACUAUUUUUCAUUGCAUACCUGUUAUUUUUGUAAUGCAGAUGGCUUGAAAAGGAUUUAUGGCUAGAAUUGUGUACUGUACAGUAAACUUAUUUUAUCAAUAAAGUUGACUGAAAACA